AUGAGCGAAGAAAUACCGAAUGCAACCAUCGAUGGAGUUCCCAACGACAGACUACACAUACAGAACAUCCCUCCUCACCUGACGGAGUCGCACCUGAGAAAUUUAUUUGGAAACGCAGGCUACGUCAUAACAGACGUGUGUUAUUUUAAUAAAAACAGAAAACAGUCAAACAAUGGUUUUAUGAACAGGAAGGUCUACAACACUGCACUCAUUACGUUUAACACACAUGAAGAGGCGUUAAGUGUCUUGAAGAACAUCAAGAGCAUGAUUGAUACAAGCAGGCAGGAGAAGAGCAUCGAGGCGAAGUUCGCUGUGCCCAAUGUGAAUAGCAAUUCAAGUGCAAAGAAUAAUAAUAGCGGCCAUGUCGGUGGGGGUAGCGGUGGAGGCCCACAAGGUCCAUUUGGCAAUAACAAUUUCCAAAGGAGCUUUAACAACCAUGACGAUUUUAGCAGCGGCGGGAUGAACAACUACAAUCAUUUUAACAGUGCCGGAAAUGUACAGGGAAAUUUGGCUACCAGGAAUAUGAUGAAGGGAAAGAACCCAAAUAACGGAAUGAUGAUGACGAUGAUGAAUAGUGUGAACAAUACGAGUGGCAUGAACGGAGUGGUCAGCCCAAAUGACCGACAUAUGAAUGGGGGUAUGUUUAAUCAGAAAAAUAACUUCAUGCUGAAUAAUCCCAACUUGGGUAAUGGGAAGAGCAUGCCCGAAAUGGUGAAAUCGGAGGGGGACUUCUCCCCCCGAGGUAAUACUGGCAUGGGGAACAUGCACAGUGUGGGUGCCGUUAGCGGGGUUGGCCCUGUUGGUGUGAACGCCAUGAACGGUUUGCACGGUAAUGCGCACCCAGGAAUGGGUCCUGCCAUGUUCAGGCAAAUGCAAAGCAACAACAAUGGAGGUGUCUUCCAAUCGAGCGACCCCGUAAUGGAGGAAUGUAAUGAAAAUAUUGAAGGCCUAAGUCUGUGGGAGAUCUACAAAGAUAAGAACAACAACACCUUUUAUUAUAACAACCUCACAAAGCAUAGUCAAUGGAACAAACCCAUACACCCAAAUAAGUUGUUCCAUUUUAAUAACAAUGAUAAGACAAAGUUGAACGGUCCCAAUGGAAGCAAUUUGUUCAUUUUUCACAUACCAAGUGAAUGGACCGACUUGGAUUUAUUUCAGCACUUCUGCUGCUUUGGAAAUAUAAUAUCGUCUAAAAUUCAGAGAGACAACACGGGGAGGAACUCUGGGUUCGGCUUCGUGAGCUACGAUAACACCCUGAGUGCGCAACAUGCCAUUCAGUUUAUGAAUGGGUACUUUGUGAAUAAUAAGUAUUUGAAGGUGCAGCUGAAGAAGGGCGAGGCGGCGGAGAAGGCCUAG